AACCAGAAGGACUUCGAGGGAAUUGGUCACCUUUUUUAUUUGACCUCUUCGGUGGAGAUCAAGGUGAGCUGUUCAUUAUGUCGGUGUUAAAGAAGGAGAUGGACAAGUACAGGGACAUAGAUGAGGACGAGCUGCUGAAGAAGCUCUCGGAGGAAGAGCUGCAGCGGUUAGAGGAUGAAUUAGAGGAGCUUGAUCCUGACAACGCAUUGUUGCCUGCUGGUCUUCGGCAGAAAGACCAGACCAAGAAAGCACCAACAGGAACCUUUCAACGAGACAACCUGCUGGCCCAUCUGGAGAAACAGGCCAAAGAGCAUCCUGAUCAAGAAGACCUGGUGCCGUACACUGGGGAAAAGAGGGGGAAAGCUUGGGUCCCUAAAAAGAUGGUGGAUCCAAUCAUAGAAAGUGUUACUCUAGAGCCGGAGCUGGAGGAAGCCCUGGCCAGUGCUUCUGAUGCAGAACUUUGUGAUAUUGCAGCCAUCCUGGGCAUGCACACCCUGAUGAGUAACCAGCAGUACUAUGAGGCCCUGGCCAGCAGCACCAUAGUCAACAAGCAAGGCCUUAACAGUGUGAUCCAGUGCACCCAGUAUAAACCAGUUCCCGAUGAGGAGCCCAACUCCACUGAUGUCGAGGAAACGCUCAUGAGACUAAAGAGGAACGAUCCUGACCUGGUGGAAGUUAAUCUUAACAACAUAAAGAAUAUUCCCAUCCUGACCUUGAAGGCGUACGCUGAAGCUCUGAUGAAGAACACUGUGGUGGAAAGGUUCAGUAUCAUUGGAACUAGGAGCAAUGACCCUGUAGCGUUUGCACUGGCAGAGAUGUUGAGGGUGAACACGACUCUGAAGAGUUUGAACGUUGAAUCAAACUUUAUAACUGGGACUGGAAUCUUGGCCCUCAUCGAGUCGCUGCAGAAUAACACCACACUACUUGAGCUUAAAAUCGACAAUCAGAGCCAGCCGUUGGGUAACAAGGUUGAGAUGGAGAUCGCCAGCAUACUGGAGAAAAACACAACGUUGUUGAAGUUUGGAUAUCACUUCACCCAACAGGGCCCGCGCCUUCGAGGUUCCAACGCCAUGAUGAGCAACAACGACCUGGUAAGAAAGAGAAGGCUUGAGGGAGGACCCAUCUUUCCCAAGUGUCGGACAAAUGUGUAG